GCGUUUGUGUGUGAAGGGUUGGGAUGGUGGGAGGGAGUGAAUUCGGGGGGUGUGGCAUUUCACUGCAUAUAACACUCAGUCUGUCCCUUCAGUCCUCACUCCCUCGCUCAUUUUCUUUCACUUCUUGCUCGCCGUAAACUUCUAGAACACCAUGUCACAGAUUCAGCAAGGAAUGGCUCUGCUGAUUGCAGCCUUUCACAAAUACUCAGGAAAGGAGGGAGACAAAAGCACCCUGACUAAAGGCGAGCUCAAGGACCUGCUCAACGCAGAGCUAGGAGUCAUAUUUGGGAAAUGUGAAGACAAGGCAGCUCUGGACAAGAUCUUUAAGGAUCUGGAUUCAAACGCUGAUGGCGCUGUGGACUUCCAGGAGUACGUCACCCUGGUCGCCUGCAUCACUAUGCUUUGCAAUGAUUCUUUUAAAAAGAGUAAAUAACCUUGUCCUUACAGAAAUGUUUUAUCUGUAAAGUUGUGGUACAUCUAAAAAAAAAAAAAAGUUUUGUAUUGAAUUAAAACUAUUCUUACAAUA